UCUGUGGUGAGCUACCUGGCUUAGUUAAUUUUCAGAUGUCUGUUUCAUUGUUGUUAUAUUCAAUACAAAAUUAUACAUAGUGCACAACAAUUUUAAAAGAGUAAUUGCCUCCAUGAAUCAAACAAUUCUUUAAUAAUGUCCAAAAAUAACUUGAAACACGACUUUCAACAGAAAUUUAAAUAUUAGUAUACACCAAUCCCUCACUUGGCACGUCUUCAAAUUGCGCAAAUUCAUUUAGUGCGAUGUUAAUUUUACUGUCCCAGUGUGAUAUAUGUUUUGACUGAAAGGUGUUCAUCUGUUAUAAGCAUCCUACAUAACCUCAAUGUGUGGCAUUGGAAGUUACCCAAGGACACUAUAACAUAUGAAAGUUUCAGAUAUGUCGGAUCGUUUACAUUUACUGUACUAUGUUAUUGGGCCAGAGUGAGACAUGGGGUACAGUGAGACAUGUCUUUUAACUCCAACUAUUAUUAAAUGGAAAUUUCUUUCAAUAUUUCCCAUGUUGGUACCCUUCAUGACCUCCAUUUUUAUUGUGUUUUUAUGUUGAUGACACCUGAUAUUAACCAGAUAUUUUAAAGUGUUGGUUUUCAGUCAUGACACGCAACAGGAAGAGAAAAACAACUAUUGGAACAUUUAAAGAAGAUGACAUGAGAGCAGCUGUAAAACUUGUGGAGGAAGGCUUGUCAGUGCGAAAAGCUGCAAAAACUAAAGGUUUAGCUUUUCAGACACUUCACAUGUGAGGCUUAGUUAUAUGAGAUUCAGGCCUACUUAUGGUUUAUAAAAUAUGUCUUUCUCAACAAAAUUGUUUCGUGUUUUAGGUAUGUGAGAAAAAAGAUGAAUAAUCCCGAAAUGGCUAACAUGAGGAUGUGUCCCAAGUACAACAGUCGCCAAGUGUUUAACACUGAACAAGAAAGCGAGUUGAAAGAUUAUUUGUUAACUUGUUCAGCUAUGUGUUAUGGCCUGAGUUUGAUGAACUGCAGAGAAUUAGCAUUUGAAAUGACAUCAAGAAAUGGUAUUGAUUGUCCCGAAACAUGGAAAAUCCAAAAGAAAGCUGGAAUAGAGUGGGUCCGGGGUUUUUUGAAGAGGCAUCCAGACUUAUCCCUAAGGCAGCCAGAAGCUUGCGGUUUGUCACGUGCUACAUCAUUUAAUAAACACAAUGUGGGGCUGUUUUUCGAUAAACUUGAGACUGUGCUUAAACGAUCAGACCACUUCUCCAAUGGAUUGCGUAUUUUCAAUCUUGAUGAAACUGGUUGCAGCACUGUUCAAAAACCAACCAAAAUCAUUGCAGGAAAAGGAGUGAAGCAAGUUGCAAAAGUAACAAGUGGCGAGAAAGGCAGCCUCGUCACAUCAUGUUAUAUUGUCAACGCAGCAGGGAAUACUCUUCCUCCAGUUAUCAUCUUCCCAAGAGUGCAUUUUAAGGAACAUAUGCUUCAUGGUGCCCCCACUGGAAGUCUUGGCCUCGCAAAACAGUCAGGAUGGAUGAAUGGUGAACUCUUUGUUGAAGUUUUGCACCAUUUUGUGAAGCACUCAUUUUCCUCGCUAGAAAAUCCCGCUGUUUUGAUACUGGACAAUCACGAGAGCCACUUAAGGAUAGAGGCUAUCGAGUUAGCCAAGGAAAAUGGGGUAACCAUUUUAACAAUUCCUCCUCACUGCAGUAAUCGCCUUCAACCACUUGAUGUAUCAGUGUUUGCGGCCUUCAAGUCUUUCUAUAAUGCUUCGGUUGACUCGUGGAUGAUGAGAAACCCUGGAAAAACAGUUUCGAUAUAUGAUGUGGCAAGUUUAAUUUGUGAAGCACACGAAAAAGCAAUGACACCCGCAAACAUCACAUCUGGAUUCCGCAAAACAGGAAUUUUUCCUUUUAACAGGAAUGUGUUUUCAGAGCAAAAUUUUUGGCAAGUGCUGUGACUGACAGGGAAAUUAGUCCUACACCAGAAGCUACGAGACCGUGCAGUAGUAAAGACAUUCCAAUCCACAAUUCAAUGGUGACGACUGGAGAUGGACAUUCUGAAGAAAAUAGCUUGACACCUAGUUACAUAAGCCCAGUAAACAUACAUAACUAUCCCAAAGCAGGAAAGAGAUUGGAGUCUGCUAAUAAAAGGAAAAAGGGAAGAUCUUUCAUUCCAACUGACACACCAGAAAAAAACCAACUUGCUCUUCAAGUUCAACAUAAAAUGAACAGAAAGAGAGGUCUGUUCAAGAAGUGUGACCCUAGAAAAAUAAAAUUCACUGAGAUUUCAAAUGAAGAUGAAGAGUUUUCUGAAUCUGAUGUUUCUUCAGACAAUGAAGUAAUACAACUUCAAUCAUACAACCAACUUGCGAGGAAGCCUAAAGAAGGUGACUUUGUCCUGGUAUAGUUUUCAGGAAAAAACACAAAAUUUUACAUUGGGGAGGUGCUACGAGAAAUAGACAUUGAGGAUUAUGAAGUCAAGUUCCUGAGAAAAAGUGAAAAAAUGUGGAGGAAGUUUUUUUACCCAUAUGUUCCAGAUAUUGCAUCAGUUGCUACAAAAGAUAUUAGAGCAUUAUUGCCUGUUCCUUCUGAACAUGGAAAAACCAAAAGACAAAAGUCGUACCUCAAAUUUUGUGUAGAUUUUGGACGGCUGAAUGUUCUAUAAAUUUUUCCUGGCAUUUAUGUUGAAGUGCAGUGAUUGUUGUUAGGUAAAUCUGAUUGUUGUAUAGCGUAUUCAAUUUGUCUCACUGUGGACCACUGUCUGUCUCACUGUGGAACAUCUGUGGGGUACAGUGAGACGUUUGAUAUGUAAUGAAGAAUUGUAUUUUCUAAGAAAAUGUUUCAUAUAUUACGGAAUUUAUAGUUUGCAAUAAUAAAGAGCAUUAAUCAGGCUAUUUUUUGGCAUAAGAAGAUGUCUUUAAAUGUAGAAAAGUAAACAGUGAUUUCAAAUAAAAAAUUUUGUGUCUCACUCUGGCCCACCCUCCUAUUAACCAAAGGAUUAGUAUAAAUUACUAUAGAGAAAUAAGAACAUAUUGCUAUUUAUAACCAAACAUAAUAUGUUAAAAAGAAUUAAGACAUACCUAUUGAAAUAAACAACUGGGAAACAAAAUAACACGCAAAUAUCAGAUUGGUGCUGGUUGUAAUUAUAGGCCUUUGUAAAAACAACAAUGUAAAACAAACAUCAACAAAACAAUUAACAUAUUAACAAAAUAUUACUGAGUAUUAUAUAUUAAGUAACGAGCUUGUGAACAACUAGGUACGUACCAAGUAUUUAUUUUAGAUAUAAGUAAAAAAACAGGUUAAAGUUACUCAACAAAUAUUAUUAAAAAAAAUUAAUUCAUCAAACAAAUAUUAAAUUAUUGAAGUCUUCUUAUAAUUCUUUCUUCAGAAUGAAAAUUAAUUGUCGGAAAUGUUCCCAAGUGUAGAAAUCCAUAUUAUUUUGUUGAUUCAAGUUCAAUAAUAGAAACUUGCAUGAUGAUCACGUAGAAGUUGAAAACUGUUAUAUAACCUUAAAAUAAUAAUAAUAAAAUGAAAUUUCUGGCCUUUGUUUUGAAGAGGUCAAUUCCCAAAAAUGAAUUUAGAUUCCUGGAACACCAAAGCCAGGAUGAGGCCCAUGACUCGAACCGCUAUGGAAUGAAACCACAAAAAUAUUAACCUCCAUACAUAAAAAAUAAUUAUCAUGGGAUACACUUUUCCCACAGACGAAACAUUUACUCACCCAAAACGGCGGUAACAGAUAGGUCGUUACAUUUUAUGAUGGUUUUUACAUCCGCACCAAAAAAUUACAGGCGAAAUGGCUGAAAAGAAAUUGAAAAAGGCAAGGUAAGUCUUUUUCAUUUGGCACGACAGAAAUCAUAGAAUUUACAAUAAGUAGAGGGUAUACAAACAAAACAAAAUAUUCAUAGAACCAGAAUUGUAGUACUUAGUGUUUCCCUUACACAUUUGAUUAUAACAGAAACAAACACAUUUAAGACAUUAUUAAUUAAAUAACUACACAAAACUUUAAC